AUGCACAUAAAGGAGGAGCCGUAUGGUGAAAAUCUCAUGUACGGUUUUGGAACGGAGAAUUCUUUGAAUCGAAUGACGACCGUAACGGAUGUCGCUCAAUCCGAAGGAAAUUAUGCGGAGGCCUUACAGAAUUAUUAUGAAGCUAUGCGACUAGAAAUUGAUCCCUAUGAUCGAAGUUAUAUACUAUAUAACAUAGGCCUUAUCCACACAAGUAAUGGAGAGCAUACAAAAGCUUUAGAAUAUUAUUUUCGAGCACUAGAACGAAACCCGUUCUUACCACAAGCUUUUAAUAAUAUGGCUGUGAUCUGUCAUUACCGAGGAGAACAGGCCAUUCGACAGGGGGAUUCUGAAAUAGCGGAGGCUUGGUUCGAUCAAGCCGCUGAGUAUUGGAAACAGGCUAUAGCGCUUACUCCUGGUAAUUAUAUUGAAGCGCAGAAUUGGUUAAAGAUCACGCGGCGUUUCGAAUAAGAACAAGAGCUCUCUGUUUA